AUGUCCGUACAUUCGGAAUUUUGGGAUGUAAUUAACAGAGACUGUAAGCCUCCCGAAGCCAUCUCUUGUCUGUGAGUUUAGGCCCGUUAAAUCAGUGAUUUGCAAUUUAGAAAUGGCAGUGAUAUUAACAUUGAUGGAGAUUGCACAGUAAAUCGAGUGAAGUUUAUACAAAACAGGGAGAGAAUACUGCAGCUUCACUGGAACUUGGGAAACGUUUGGCCGGAUGACUACAACGACAUCAAGACCAGGAUUUGGCAGAAGUAAGCUCCAAACUUUUUUAUUAAAUGUGUACUUUCUUUAGAGUGUACUGGCGCUUUGAUCAAUGUGUGAUAAGUCUUGAGUUUGUUAUGAAAGAUAAAGAGCACGUUUAUUUCAAUGGAACAACUAACUAUAAUAAUAGUAAAAUCGAUCCGUUGACACUCAAUUUGUCGCGGUCUGCUGAAAUCCGCUUAAACAUCUCGGCGGUGGGAGGAAUAGAAGUUUUCUAUCUCCCGGGCAUACAAUCCCGUUCUUCAUGCCGGCCUUUCAUGGAUUCAAAUUCAACUGAAAAGGAAAUACAUGCGGAUGUCAUCGUCUUUUCAAAUAAUUGGUACAAUAACACGGCUUUGAUUGUAAGUAGAAUUUGAAUUAAAUAAUAUUAUUCAGAAUUUCAGAAGAAUGUAACCGAAGACGGCAUCAGCGAUGAAGAAAUUGUUCCUCGUACCAUGCUUUUAUCGGGCUCUACAACAGCUGAAACAACCAAUGUUACAUCAAAAUAUCAUCCUCCCAUUACUCUAAGAAUCGGUCUAUUCUUUGCAGGAUUAAGCGUUGGAAUUGGUCUUACUGUAGUGAUGGGAAUGAUUAUAUUAUGCAUCAAAUGGAAGAAAAAUAAACCCCGGUAUUUGAUGGUCAUCAGUCUGGCGGUGAGUUUCGAUAUUGUAGAAGAAGUAUUGGUUACAGAAUUCCAUAGCAUUAAGAAGAUAUCAGAUUGUGACCCAUCAAAACAAAGACGUCAAAUUUGCGAAGGAAACUGACGAAAUGGAGAAAAAGGCCAAGGAACUCAGAUCAAAAUUAAAGCUACAAAGAAAGAAGAAGCUUGUCAGAGAAGCAGUCGAUGCGAAGGCAAAGAUGGAGAGUGAAACUCCAUCCUAUUCCCAUAAUAUGACAUCUACAACCAUCUCCAAAAAAUGGUCUGAAAGCGAAUUGGACCAGUAUGGACGAAACAAAUUGGUUAAUCGAAAAAGGGAGAAACAAGAGAGGUCUGGAAGCAAGAAAGGUAUUUGAAGACGGCCAGAAAUACUUUUUUAUAACAUAUUUUUAGAUACUGCUCCUGCUGCUGGUAAAAAACACAAUUCAGAUGAAACCCAACAGCAAUCUUCCGCUCCCCAUGCUUCAGAUGAAAUGUAA